AUGAUGCCGACGACGUUCGACUGCGAGCAGCACGCACGCUACUUCCUCGCAAACUUGCGUUUACUACCGGCGCCUUACGCGUCUCAGGACUCACAGCGCGUGGUCUUGGCCUUCUUUUGUAUUCACGGACUGGCGUUGCUAGGGGAAUUAGAGCGCGUGGAUCGACACCAGGUCAUUGAGUGGGUGUAUAGCCUCCAGGUGCCUCCGGAUCGCCAUGACGCUAGCCUUAAUGCCGGUGACUGUGGCUUCCGAGGUGGCUCCUACAUGGGAAACGUCUUCGGUUGCCCGCCAUGCGAAUACGAGAGUGAAGAGUACGACUGGGGUAAUAUCGCGUCGACAUUCGCUGCACUCUGCAUCCUCCGCACCCUUGGGGAUGAUCUCAGUUGUGUGAAUAAAGCAGCAAUUAUCAACUCGCUCAAGCACUUGCAGAACAAGAAAACAGGAUGCUUUUCAUCCGUAAACAUGGGGUUUGAGGAAGAUAUGCGCUUUGUUUACUGCGCAUGUGCCAUUUCCUAUAUUCUGGACGACUGGUCUGGCAUUGACUUGACGGCGAUGGUGCGCUUCAUUAACUCGUGUCUGAACUAUGACGGAGGCAUCGGCCUUAAUGCUGGCGCCGAAUCGCACGGUGGAGCUGCUUUUACUGCAAUCGCUUCGCUUUCCUUGUCAGGACAGAUGGCACAGCUCAAUUGCGAGCAAUCGGAUCUUGUGCGCUGGCUGGUGUUCCGACAACAAGGCGGUUUUCAAGGACGAUGCAACAAGAGCCCAGACUCUUGCUACGCUUUCUGGAAUGGUGCAACUCUAGCUUUGUUGGGCAAAAACUCACUCGUGAAUAUUCCAAGCUGCAAGCAGUUCAUCUACUCGUGCCAGUUUUCCUUUGGCGGACUGUGCAAGUAUCCCGACACUGUGCCGGACGUGAUGCAUUCUUACCUCAGCCUUGCGUGGCUAAGCAUUGCGGCGCAUGAAAGUGUUAGCACAAGGGAAGAUGAAGCAGGAUGUAAGCUUCCUAAACUUGUCGCGUUAAACACUAAGCUUCAAGUUCCAAUCUUUCCCAAGUUGCCAAGCAAGUCAACGAAGCGAGGCAGUAUAUGA